AACCAAUAACAUUUUAGGUUAUUUGGGCAGCCGUGGUAGUUGUUAAGAAGUUCUGGUUUCCUGUAACGCUGGAAUUUUUUGUCAGCUAGGUUAGCUUCCUAAAACUGGUCAAAUUGCGAGGCUCUAUAGUUAGCUAGGUGAAAAUAACAUCUCAUGAAGUCAUUCGCGUCAGCUUUUAAGUUUUGAUCAUCCCUUACGGCAGUCUGCUUUCGUGUCCAAAUGAGCACUUAACGGUUUGUUUUUUCUCAAAACGGCGGAAGUCAUGGCUAUGCGAGUUUAAAGAAUAACGUUAAGAUGGCUAGCUGACAAGGCUUUAGGACGAUUACGAGACAAUGGACUGAUCAACAGCCAGAGGCUUGAGUCAGCAAGCCUAAAUUCAACAAUAAGCCUAUAAGCAAGGAUUUAAAGCUCUUUUUUUUUACCACCUCUGCUUUUGCUUCUCCUAUGUCUUACCUCCAUUACUGUGAAUUCAUCUUUCCUUUACCACGUUUCUACUUUGUCUCUGUUUUUUUUUUUGUGUAUACUAUUUUUAUUUCCUUGGUAUAUGUGGUAGUUCUCUUUUUCUACCUGUCCUCUGUUUUACUACUUUCUUCUGUCUCCAAAACAAAAACGCUUUUCCCCCAUCCAAACUAAUUUCUUUCUGGAUUUUGUUUUACUGAAUUACAACCCACCCCAACCUUUUUACCAUGAGGAAGCAGACUUACAAUGUCUUACUGGCCUGUGUGGUCAUCACUGCCAUCACAGUAUUUUAUCUCAGCUUUAGUGCAAUGGAAUGCCCAAAUUCCCAUUCUGGGGCCACCAUUUGGGAGGUAUGGGCUGCCAACCAACACAUUAACAAAAACCUUAGUUACCCCCUGCACAUUCCUCUGGAAUUCAGUAAAAGCACUCCUUUAAUUUUUGUUGGUGGAGUACCUCGUAGUGGAACCACUCUGAUGCGGGUCAUGCUGGAUGCCCACCCUGAGGUGCGUUGUGGAGAGGAGACUCGUGUUAUCCCCCGUCUCCUAGCUAUGCAGGCCACCUGGAAGCGCUCUGCCCGGGAGAGGGUUCGCUUAGAUGAAGCUGGAGUCACAGAGGAAGUCCUGGACUCUGCUAUCCGUGCUUUCCUGCUAGAGAUAAUUGUGGGCCAUGGUGAGCCUGCUCCACGGCUCUGUAACAAGGACCCUUUUGCUCUGAAGUCUCUUGCGUACCUCUCCAAGUUAUUUCCACGUUCCAAAUUUAUCCUAAUGCUUCGUGAUGGCAGAGCCACAGUUCAUUCCAUGAUAUCACGCAAGGUGACAAUCACAGGAUUUGAUUUGACUAGUUACCGGGACUGUCUGGUGAAGUGGAACCGAGCUGUGGAGGUCAUGUACGACCAGUGCCAGGCUGCAUCAAAAGGCAGCUGUUUGCCUGUGCACUAUGAACAGCUGGUGCUGCAUCCAGAGCAAGUGAUGAGAGAGCUCCUGCUGUUCCUGGAGCUCCCCUGGGACUCAUCUGUGCUGCACCACGAGCAGCUGAUUGGAAAAUCCGGCGGAGUAUCUCUGUCAAAGGUGGAACGGUCAACUGACCAAGUGAUCAACCCAGUAAAUAUAGAAGCCCUGUCAAAGUGGGUGGGCAAGAUCCCUGAUGAUGUCGUGAAUGACAUGGCUGACAUUGCGCCAAUGCUCAGACACCUAGGUUAUGACCCUCUGGCCAACCCUCCAGACUAUGGCAAGCCAGACCUCUUGCCAAUAAACAACACUAAACUGCUUAAGGGAGCUAAAGGAAAUGCAGAUGAUUUUCAUUCUAGUUAAUUCAGGGUGGAACAUUAAAGACUUGUUUCACGUUUCAUCAACUGAUGAAUUGUACCAGAGGAGGGUCCCUUGGACACAGAAACCAGUAGACAGUAAUUUUAACUGAUGCCUGAUAAAAAACACCCCAACUCUUAAAACAAUAGGUUGUAAAAGUGUCUUUUUCAAGAAAUAAAUAUUUAUUUUAUUUUUGA